CCGCAAUCUCCAUUUCUCCAGAUUCCCCAUUUGGUCUACACAGACACUUCUACACGCAUACACACCAAUCACCUCCAGGCGCAAGCUCUGUCGCAUAUCUCCGAUCAUUCGAGAGAUACAGACCAAUUUUUAUCGCCCGCCAUUGACGACUUUCUAUACCCUACACCGGGCGGAUCAAAAAAACUACACAAAGUUGCACACGACCACUGAACACUUCCCAACGAAAGCAAACUUCUCCCGCGACAAUCACAAUGGCCGCCCAAGGUCCCUCGGCUCUCCCUCCCACAACCAUCAUCUCAUCCCGACCGAUCUCCCAGUCGGCUGCCCACGACUUCCUCGCGGCGUACCUCGACCGUGCUGCGACGGACCCCGCCCUCCAACCCAACGCCGGAAUCAGUGAACAUGGCCCCUUGUCGCGCACCACGGCCGCCGCCCCCAAUUUGAUGCUGCACAAUCUGAAGCGCGUGCAGGCCGGUCUGGCUGGCGAGGUCCUGGGUCGGGACCUGACCCUGGCAAAGCUCAUGGCCGGAGAGGACGGCGAUGCGCAGCAGCAGACCACCGAGGCGGAGCAGGGCCAAGAUUGGGAAGAUGCCCAGAAAUUCCAACAAGAGGGUGAGGCCCUGGAGGGCUCGCAGGACCCGAUGGACGCAGAUGUCAACAUGGAGCAAGAUCAAGAGGGACCCGCAUCGGGGGCCAUCGACAAGGAAGAGAGGAAGCGCCUGAAGAAGGAGCGUAGAUUGGCAGAGAAACGGGCCAAGGCCAAGGCUGACACCGAUGCCUGAAGACAGGUUGAAGUCUCGCAACAACAUUCCGGUUAUUGGUACGGUUGGCCAUUCUUUUUCGUUUGGGACUCGCUUUUAUCGAUUCGGGGUUCAACUUAGAUAUGCAUACAGCAUUGGGCGCAUUCAAGGCGAAUAUACAUAGGAGGUUGCCAUUGGUUUGUUUUCUUACUUCUUUUGUUGAGUUCUUCGAAUUUAUUAUACCAUUCCAACACCAACAAAUUGUCAAUUACAAUCUCAUGUAUCAAAGUGCUCGACGGCUCCCGUACUCUACGAAUGGCAGAACAGGAGGCUAAAC